GGCGCUCAGGAUGAAGGUGAGCCAGAUGGAGAGGGAGCGCGAUGUGCGGUACACGAAGAUAACGCCUUUGCAGCCGGCGUCGUUGAAGACGGAGGCCAGACGGAAUGACGCCAGAGUCUCCAGCAGACAGCGCACCCCCACCACCAUCAGGUUGACGCACGCUAGGUGAAGCACGAUGGCGUCGGCCGGCAGCAGACGCUUGUCCUGGUAGUGCGCCGACAGAAAGGCCAGGAUCACCGUCAGGUUGCCGGGGACGCCCACCGCGCUCAGGGACAGCCUGCACGGACGGAGGUUGAGCUUCUGCACUGUUAUGGCAAUUAAUUGAGAUCAAUCCAGAUGACUGCUUCUGUCCCCUCAGAGGCAUCAUACGGACACCAUUUGUUGAUGAUGCUGAGAGCAUACUUUGACUACUCAACUAUGCCAACCAAACAUGUUGUCGCGCAACUUUCGGAGGCAAUUGCAGCCGUUUACCGAUUUCUCUAACUCGAAAUGAGAAUUAAGACCGAGAAUGGAGUAUUAAGGCCACACAGGACUGAAAUAAAUUUACACUACAAAAUGAAAAUUCAAAUUUGAAGUGAAUAUUUGGUGUAUAUUUUUGAGGAAAAGCGUGUAUAUUUUCAAAACAAAAUUAAUUGAAGUGAUGCCUUUCAGAGAGUAAAUAAGCUUUUCUAAAGUUUGAAAACUAUUCACCAUUAAUUUUUGUUGAUUUCAUCACAUGGGUAUGGAAAAAACAGUCUUAUAUGCGGCUUCCUUAAAUCUUUGGGCAGCUUAUAGAAGGCCCACAACAAAACACACAAGAAUGAUAAGAGUGAAGUUGAAAAAAUGAUUAGGAAAAAAAUGGUCAUUUGAACUGUUGUGUAAAAUCACCAAAAUAUUAGAAACAGCUCUCACUGUGACGCAGUGCUGCAAAAUGCAAAUAUUAUUAAAUGAAGGCCCCCAGUUUUUGAAUCAUCUUUGUAAAACCACAACUUUUUGAUUUUUACAUUUCUUAUAAUUGAGCUUUUUGAAAGUUUAAAUUGUAAUACUUUAGUCUUUGGAUUUAAGUUUCAGCAUUCACAACUAAUGAUUUGCGUCAUUACCGCAUGUUUACAUCAUUCAGCUAGCCUUGAUUGUAAUUGUUCUACUUGCAGUCCACUGAGAAAGACGUGCUUGAACUUGCCAUUUUAAUGAGAUCUCAGAACAUGUAAACACAUAAAAAAAUGACACAACCCUGUCCCUAGACUAAAGAAGCUUCAUUUAAACAUUACAAAUGAUCAGCAAAGGGAAUAUAAUUACCUUGUAUUGUUAGGCAAGAGGUUUCAAUGAAUAAAAAUAACAGGUUGACCCUCCCCAAUGGGUUCAACACAAAUUGUUAUCGCGUUAAUUGUCCUGCUGCUCUGCGUCGCCGAGCAUAAUAGCACAAAAGAUGUGGAAGUCUCCUGAUGGCUCAUUCAAGGCCAGUGUGGUUUCAUUUUUUGGAUUCGACGACGUCCGCUCGCAAUGACAUUGACCUAUUUUUGAGAAGUAACUGACGAAAUAUCCAACAAAAAAAUGGCACGCAAUAAAAUACAGUUCUAGCUUUCGGGUUAAUCAUAUCACCACAUUGUGGAAGGCUGGAAGUCAUGCCACAUCCAUCCAUCUAUUCAUCAUUCCCGACACACCUCGUGAAAUUAAAUAUGUCUGGAUUGAAGAACGAUUGAUAGGCCCGUCCAUACGGUUAUAUGGAUAUGUUCUCCCCGGGCCCGCGUGGGUUUCCCCUUGGUGCUCCGGUUUCCUCCCAUAUACUUAUUAACAUUUCUGACAUCAGUCAACGUUUGUUCACAUCAAUGUUCCUAAAUGUGCUUCUUGCUGCGAUGGGAAUAAUUGAGCUUCUUCGCAAUUUUCAUACCAAGACGGCUUUAUGUAAGCCUUGGCCACUCUUUUGAUGAAGUCCAAAACUGCUCCUUCUGAGAAAUCGGGAUGAUCCAGAUCAAGCGUAUUCCCUUCCGCGCCUGUGUGUGUCAGGCCACACGUUUCCAAUGAGAUGACUUGAUUCCAAUUAUUUUUUUCUCUGUUUGUCUGUGAGGUUUUUUUUUGUUUUUUUUUUAACUGACACUCCAGGCAAAUGAGAUCUCCAAGGACAUUUGAGGCUAUAAAUGUUGUCUUGCAGGCCUUUAAGAGUUGUGUGCCAUACCCUUGCUCAGGUGAGCAUGCUUUAGGAGCUGCUCAAGGUUCUUGUGGUGCAUUUCAAAGCAGGUGUGUUUCUCUGCCUGCUUUGGUCCUGGCUGGCCUGGGUGGAAUGGACCUGUGCGUGACCAUCAAAGGCGUCUCCUUCCUCUUGCAAACAGGAAUGGGCAUCUUGGGGAACACCGUGGUGCUGCUGGCCUACGCCAGUAUCCUCUACGGCGAGCGCAAACUCGUUCCCGUGGACAUGAUCCUGUGCCACCUGGCCUUUGCCAAUCUGAUGAUCCUGACCAUCCGCUGCAUUCCCCAGACCAUGACGGUCUUCGGCCUCACCGAUCUGCUGGACGACACCCACUGCAAGGUGGUCAUUUACGGCUACCGCAUCGGCCGGGCGUUGUCAAUCUGCAUCACGUGCAUGCUCAGCGUGUUCCAGGCGGUCACCAUCGCCCCCGCCGGGUCAAGCUUGUCCAGGCUCAAGUCUUUCCUUCCUGCCCUGGUGCUCCCCACCGUCGCCGGGCUGUGGUUGCUCAACAUGAUCAUAUACGUUCCAGCCCUUCUCUUUUCCACGGCUCCACGCAAUAGCACCGCCCGUACCUUCACGCUCAACCUGGGCUUCUGCUUCAUGGACUUCAGAGACAGCAUGCUCUACAUCAUCCAAGGGGUUAUUGUCUCUGGAAGGGAUUUUUCCGUGGUGGCCCUGAUGUUGGUCUCCAGCUGUUACAUCUUGCUACUUCUCCACCGUCACAGCUACCAGAUGAGAGGCCUCCGUCGCUCCCAUCCGGCAAAGACCAGAGCAGCCAAAACGGUGGUCACCCUGGUGGUCCUGUACGUCUUCUUCUUCGGCGUGGAUAACGUGAUCUGGAUCUACAUGCUGACCGAGGCCAAGGUGUCCCUCAUGGUGGCGGACUUGAGGGUAUUUUGCUCCUCCUGCUAUGCAUUUCUCAGCCCUUACUUCAUCAUUUCUUCCAACAAGAAGGUCAAGAACAAAAUUGUGUGUCAGGCUGAGCAGGACCAGCCCGCAUCAAUGGACACUCAGGAGUCCAAAUGAAGUCUUGAACAAAAUUGUUUUGCUAGACCUUCUGUCAGUGAGCUGAACUAUCAAUAUUACCUUUCCAAAAUGUCUUCAAAACAUUGUCUAUGUAUUUGUUUGUCACUGCACUUUGUAGACUGGUCAAUUAAAAAAAAAAAAUUAACUUGUGAAUUUAUCCAGUAAGUCUUUGUCACAAUGAUGAACCAACUUGAUAUGAAGCUCUAAAAGAAAAUGUUUGCUGAAUGAAAUCAGAUGUAUAUUUCCAAGAAUAAAGUACAAUAAAACAAAAUCAACCUUGAACCUUCUUGCUUGCGUCAUGGAAACUGCAGCCCUCCCAAGUGUUGAUUUAGGAAGCCUAAGGAACGUUACAGAGGUUUGAGCCAUGCCUGACCUGACUGAAUCAGUUUCAUUUAAAAUAAAUACAUAUAUUUAAUAAGGAUUACUCACACUGCUGUAUAUAUUUGUGCGAACCAGAUCACAAGUUCAUUUUUUCAAUACAGGAAUGAUGUUUUAAAUGUCUAGUUUAAUAGAAUGUUUGUCAUAAUGUAAAAACAUUUAUAUUUUUAAUAAUUCUAAGACUUCCGAGAUUCCAUUUUGUCACUUUCCUCCUGAAGACAUUUCAUAGAGUUACACAAAACAACAAAAAGUGUGUGGGGGGGGGGGAACUUGGCCUCAGUUGUCAGCAAUCAUUAUGGAAUAUUGUGAAUUGAAUAUACAGUAUAUUUUGUUCAUUUUUCAUAAACUAGUACA